CCCCCCCUCUCGUUUAUAAGGCAGAACACGUGAAGUUAGAGCAGUUCGGUUUUCCUCUGUCCGUGGAUUAGUACGAGCAGAGUGUUAUGCUGUUUCUCCCGUUUGGCACGGUUCCCCGGAGAUAAGAGAACUCUGGCUGGAGGCCCUCUGAGGACAGAGCCAAGGCCACACAGAAGCAAAAUUCAUCCCUGGACAGUCAGCCCCAAAUCUAAUGAAGUUGAGAAGCAGCUGCAAUGCUUCAAAAACACUAAAUGCCAAUAACAUGGAGACAUUGAUUGAAUGUCAGUCAGAGAACAAUAUCAAGGAACAUCCUCUGUUGGCAUCGUGUGAGAGUGAAGAUAAUAUUUGCCAGCUAAUUGAAAUUAAGAAGAGAAAGAAGGUGCUGUCCUGGCCCUUUCUCAUGAGAAGGCUUUCUGCUCUGUCAGAUUUUUCUGGGGCUUCAGAACCUGAAUUGAAAACAUCACUGUUUGAUCAGCCGUUGUCAGUCAUCUGUGGGGAGGACGACACACUCCCCAGACCCAUUCAGGAUAUUCUCACUAUUCUGUGCCUUAAAGGACCUUUCACGGAAGGGAUCUUCAGGAAAGCAGCCAAUGAGAAAGCCCGAAAAGAGCUAAAGGAGGAGCUCAACUCGGGAGGCAUGGUGGAUCUGAAAAGUCUCCCUGUGCAUCUUCUGGCGGUGGUCUUUAAGGACUUCCUCAGAAGUAUCCCCCAGAAGCUGCUUUCAUGUGACUUGUUUGAAGAGUGGAUGGAUGCACUGGAGAGGCAGAAUGAGGAGGACAAAAUUGAGGCCCUCAAAGAGGUUGCAGAUAAGCUCCCCAGGCCCAACUUCCUGCUGCUCAAGCACCUGAUCUCCGUGCUCUACCUGAUCAGCAAGAACUCCGAGGUCAAUAAGAUGGACGCCAGCAAUCUGGCCAUCUGCGUCGGACCCAACAUGCUGACCCGAGAGAACGACCAACACCUGUCUUUCGAAGCCCAGAAAGACUUGAACAAUAAGGUUAAGACAUUGGUGGAAUUCCUCAUCGAUAAUUGCUUGGAAAUAUUUGGGGAGAACAUUCCAGCACAUUCCAGUACUGCUUCUGAUGACUCCUUGGAACACACUGACAGUUCAGACGCGUCAACGCUACAGAAUGACUCAGCCUAUGACAGCAAUGAUCCUGAGGCAGAAUCCAGCGGUGCCAUCAGCUCCCCAAACAGGCAGGUGCUCUUGGAGGCAGCUGCCGACUGGGAGCCCAGAAGCCCACAGCUCGCUUGGGAGUUGAGCCCGGAGCCCGUUGUCAGCACUGUAGCCAGGCUGAAAAACUCCCUCAGGGAACCAGACAGAAGCUACUCAGAGCCCAACAUGUCAUCCUCCCAGGAGAGCCUUGAGAGCCAGAAAACUCACCAAAAACUAACACAAAGUGAGGACGACUUCACCAUGGCCCAGGCAGGGGCUUGUUUGGAAGGUGAGGAAACUGAAGACCCAUUUCCAGAGGAGGUGUUUCCUGCCCCUGAAGGCAAAACCCAGAGGCCACAGGACCUGAAGGUGAAGAACUCGACUCAGGGUUUGGGGUUAAUGUGGGGACUGGCACCCAAAGCUGCCUCCAGUGGCUCUCUGGAUGCUUCCUCUGACAGCUCCCCCGUGGCUUCUCCUUCCGGUCCCAAAAGAAAUUUCUUCACCAGACAUCAGUCUUUCACAAAGACAGAGAAAAUUAAGCCCAACAGAGAGAUUAAAAAACAUUCCAUGUCAUUCUCCUUUGCCUCUCACAAAAGAGUGCUGACCAAAACUUCCAGCUGUGUGUCUAUGAAAUCCAAAGGCUUUACAAGAGACCAAGUAAAGAAAGGCUUUAAAAAAGAAAGCCAGCUUGCUGGGCGAAUCAUCCAGGAGAACUUUUCUGAAAUUCAGGGCCAAACAGCUCUAGACUUUAGCUCCAGAUCCUAUGCCCUCUCAGUAGAGGAUGUGUUCCAGCAAGUGGACCAGAGAAGCCCUGGGAGUCCGCCAUCUUAUGAAGAGGCCAUUCGGUGCCAGGCAUUGGACCUCUUGGACUACAGGGGCCAAACAGUUGGCAGCAUGAGGGCCAGAAUGCUCAGCCAGGACACUCAACUACCACCUCUCCUACCUUUGUAUCACAAAGGGAACUCAAGAGAUAUAUGCAGUCAAGAGCCACUUGACAGGCACAGACUAUCUCCCAGGACUGAGAGUUGGAAGCACAGCAGGACUAUCCACGCUUCUAUUGAAACGAUAGGACAAGUGACUGUCACAGGGAGACCGGAGCCGCACCAUCUGAGACCUAUGUCUGAGUCAAAACAGAAGACUGAGCUGGACCACCUAGUAUGGCGAUGUAACCAGCCGGCCUUUGAAGCUGACCAGCUCCAGUAUGCAAAAGAAUCCUACAUUUAGGAAGACCAAGCAGACACCAUGGCUUGUGGUAUCUUUGUAAAUGCAUGACUGUAUGAAGAACUGCUUUAGACUCUGUGUCCAAGAAAGUCAAGAAUAAGCUCCUUUAGAGAAGUAGUGUAAGCCCUCCUCAGUGGGGCUAGCUAUGUAGUGUCUGUGUGUGCCUGAAUUUGUGCAAAAUGUAGCAAGUGUAUAAAAUGUGUAUAAAAGUGUAUAGAAAGUAUAUAAAAUUCUUCAGUGAAGACAAGGUGUUAGGUGCAAAGAUGUCUACAUGAGUGUGUGUAUAUUUGUUUGUGAACUUGUAGUCAAUGGCACUGCUGUUCCCUGCCUCCUGGGGCACUUUUCUAUUAGUGUUCAAAAAUAAUUUUUCUUCUAUUUUCAUGUUGCCUUAAAUGUCAUGCCAUUUUUCGUAUUUUCCACAAACCCCAUUUAGGGGAAAAUGUUUAAAUCUCUAUUAGAAGUUUACUCCUGUAAGCAGCUUUGGGAUAUUACUCACAUGGUAAGAAAAAGGAGCAGACUGCAAGGAAUAGACUUCGGUGUUUGGAGUUAUCAAAGGCACUACAAACUCCAGUAAAUGAAAAAUAUAUUUGUUAAAAUUUAUGAAAAAUACUUAAAUUGUCCUUUCAACCAUCUUUUUCAAUUUGGAUAGAUGAGUAAAAAUGCAAUACCUCAAUAUUAACUGAUUUAUAGCACUUUGAGUUUCUUGGUGGCUUAGUAAUGUCUUCUCCAACAGUGUGCAGGAAAUUACUUUAUUUGAUUGGGGACCAUAUAUAGAAUUUCAGUGUAAUCUCACUACAAUAAAUUGUCUUCCUUGUUUCAAAGUAAAAA